UGAAAUGUACAGUGAUGCAGACACCUGUUAGGGAUCUAUCUUAUGGAACUAAGUCAAAAUGUUUGCUUUUUAGAUGACAGGUCUGGACAUUGAGAAGGACCAGAUCAUUGAAAUGGCGUGCAUUAUAACCGACUCUGACCUGAACAUUUUGGCUGAGGGGCCCAACUUGAUAAUUAAGCAGCCAACCGAGCUGCUAGAUGGGAUGUCUGACUGGUGUAAAGAGCAUCAUGGGAAGUCAGGACUGACGCAGGCUGUACGGGACAGUAAAAUCAGCUUGGAACAAGCAGAGUAUGAGUUCCUGUCCUUCGUCAGACAGCACACCCCGCCGGGACAGUGUCCCCUUGCCGGGAACUCUGUGCACGCAGACAAGAGGUUCCUGGACAAGUACAUGCCCCAGUUUAUGUACCACCUGCACUACAGGAUCAUCGACGUCAGCACCAUCAAGGAGCUCUGCAGGCGGUGGUUUCCAGAGGAAUACAAGAUGGUGCCCAACAAGAAAGCAGCCCACAGAGCGUUGGAUGACAUCCAGGAGAGCAUCAAAGAGCUGCAGUACUACAGAGCCAAUGUCUUCAAAGCCUCAACAGAGGAGAAGAAGCGCAAGAUCGUAGAGAACGGAGGCAGCAACAAUAGUUAGCACAAGAGUGGGACUAUGAAGUGAUACAUGUGAUUGUCUCAUUGAUUUUGGUUUGAGUUGAGAUUUGGCUGCCCAUUGGUCCUUUUGUUUCAGUAUUGUUCAAUGUAGAGGUUUCAUCAAAGGGACACAACAUUGAAAGGUAACCUUGCAGUUUGUAUUUAUUUCUUUAGUGUGGGAUUUAUUUUAUUUUCCCUUGUUUUUCAAAUGAAACCAAUUAAACUGUGAUCCCUGAGGAAUCGGAC